UGUGCUUAUGUAGGCCUGGCUUACAUAUUUUUGGAGGAGAGCAAGAAUUCAUGGAGUAGAACCCGAUGUUGCUGAUGAGCGUUUACAGUUCUGGAUCAACCAGAGUUCUCGAUCUUCCUCUUCACAUGAUGCAGUUGAAGGUAUGCUCUACCACCUGCUCCCUUUCAUCAAUUGCUACCCAAGCCACUGUCCACUUACUCUCUUUAAUGAAGAAAGUGUUCUAUCAUAAGUCAUCUAUUAAUUGUAAAUCUCUUACUCCAUCCUCAGCUACUAGAGUCUGCCAUGAGUAAUUUUAUCAUGGGUAUUAUAAGUUUCUUGCCGCUUUUCCAGUGUUUCCAUAGUUAGUGCUUUGUUUUAUGAUGAGAUGUUGCAGCUCCUUAAACUUCUGCUCUUACAUCUCUAUCAUUCAUAUAUUGACUUUCAUAUACUUGGUGAUGCUUUUAUAUGCUAUUCUCUCAUGUGCAGUUGAGCGCGGCCUCAUGGAGCUGAGGAGGUUAGGUUUAGAGAAUCAGUUAUGGAAAAAAUCUCGCCAGCGACUUGAGGUUGAUCCAGAUCAGACAUUCAGAUGCUGAUGCAAAGUAAUGCUGGUGAGAUAUCUUCUUCAUAUUCACGAUGCAAAUUAGAUGAACGGGCUUUGGUUUAAGGCCUUAAUUUUGUAGCUUAAUUUUGUAUGCUAUAUUAAACUUUCUCAUCGCACAGCGUUGCAUCCCUCUGUUAAUUUGAUUCUUUCAGAAGAAAAAUGCUAAGUGUGG